AUGAGCAAACAAUAUAAGAGCAUAAAUGAUUUGCCAGAUUGGGUGAAAAUGAUCACAGGUGGUAUUGCAGGUAGUGUAGCUGAGGCUAUAACCAUCCCCAUUGAUACAGCUGUAUGUUAUUUAUUGAUGUUUCAAUGUAGAAGGUGCGUCUUUAAAUCCAAAAGCCAGAUGCGAAUGGAAAGUACAGAUAUCACGGAUUGUUACACACAACUAGACAAAUUUACAGUGAAGAGGGAGUUUCAAGUUUGUUCAAGGGUCUUUCAGCAGGAAUCCAGAGACAAUUAGUGUUUGCAUCAAUCCGUAUUGGAUUGUAUGAACCUGUAAGGAUUAAUAUUGAAUUUCAAAGAUGCGUGAUUUCUUCUGUGGAAAAGAUUUCAAGGGUGAUCCUCCCCUGUCUAAAAAGAUUUACGCAGGUCUGGCCACAGGUGGAAUUGGUAUCUCAAUCGCAAGUCCAUUUGAUGUGAUAAAGGUGAGAUUUUAAGUCGAUGGAAAUCUUCCAGUUGAAUAACGUCGUUAUAAGAACUUGACAGAUGCAUACAUUAAGAUCUACAAACAAGACGGGUAAUAGAUAUUUUAAGAAUUUAAGGUUGCACGGAUUUUGGAGAGGAGUAACUCCAAACAUCAUCAGAAACGCUGUGAUCAAUUGUGCUGAGUUAGCCACCUUUGAUCACAUCAAGGAAUCUCUAAUUAAAACCGGGUUAUUCCAUGAAGGUUUAGCAUGCCACUUUGCCUCAAGUGUUUGUGCAGGAUUCAUAGCAGCAGUUGUUGGAUAGCCAGUUGAUUUGAUUAAGACAAGAGUUAUGAAUCAAAAUGUUGGUGUUUUAACAGUUGUCAAGAACAUCAUAAAAAAUGAAGUAAGAAAUAUCAAUCUAUUAUGAAUAGGGAGUGAUGAAUCUAUACAAUGGAUUUUCUGCAAAUGCAGGUAGAAUUAUCACAUGGAACAUUUGCAUGUUUGUUACAUUAGGUUAAGUUAGAUUAUUUGCAUUAAAUAAUUUCUAUAAGUCACCUGAAUGAUAUAAUUAUAUAUAUAAAUC